AUGUCGAGCGAGCAUGCCCACGCGCAGGCCCACGCGCAUGCCCAUAGCCACUCGAAGGAUAUGGGGGUUUCGCAACUGUCCCCAGAGGACAUGAUCCUACAAGCUGCGAGCCACAUGCAGGGUACCGGUCAGGAUUUUUCCAUGGACACCUCUAUGAGUGCUCCUAUGGGACAUCCCAUGUCAUACCAGCAGAAGCACCCCAUGCAACGGCACCCUCUUCCCGCCGAAUAUACACAGAAUGCCAGCUUCACUGAAGGGAGCUCGAUGAUGGACCGAGACGAAAAUGGCGAGGCAGGUGCUAGAGCCGCUGCCGGUGCUGCCAAACCUGCGUCUACUAGAUCUAGCGCCAAUAACGAGCUCGAAAUGCGGCAGCUCUUCAGUGCCCACAGACACCGCACCCUUCAAGAUGUAGCGGGAGAGCUCCAUGGCAACGAGCGAGGUCCCAAUUCGGAACGUACACGCCAAGUAUUUGCCAUGCUCUGGAUUAACUCGGUCUGCGCCAAGGGCAAGGGCUCAGUGCCCCGUGGCAGAGUUUACGCCAACUAUGCCUCAAGAUGUGCAACAGAGAGGAUAACCGUCCUCAACCCUGCGAGCUUCGGCAAGCUAGUCCGCGUCCUGUUCCCUGGCCUAAAAACAAGACGACUGGGUGUCCGAGGAGAAUCCAAGUACCACUAUGUCAACUUUACCCUGAUUGACGAUGAGCCCGUGGCCCGAGAACCCUCGGUGCAGCCCACACGGCCUCAACCAGAGGCUACCAGCAUGACCCAGAGCUUCAACACCGUCCCCGCUCCCUCAAAUACGAACCUAAGCCAAGGCGCUCUGCCUUCACCUCACAUUGGCACUGAGCCAAAGAGCUCUUCAAGCCACCCCGACCUUCGAUCACACAGCAUAUACAACCAACCAGAUCUCGCAAGCAUCGACCAUUUACAUACCACCACGACCAAGACCCAACUUGAGCUUGCGUUUCCCCCUGAGAUUGAGGAAGCGUUUGAUAUGUCCGAACCGCUCCCUCUUCCUCAGAUCGAAUCAUAUCUCCCACAUGGAACUGAUCCCGAUGCCGCCAAGUCCCUCUCUGCGUUGUACCGCUCACACUGCACAUCACUAGUAGAGUGCAUCAGGUACUGCAGGGAGAAGAACUUCUUCCACUUGUACACCUCUUUCCAGGGAACCUUGACCAUGCCUGUGCAAAAGUUGUUCGGAAACCCGGCCUUGGCCCCCUGGAUCGAGGAAUGCGAUUUUGUUCUCUACCAGCGAAUGAUGAGAAUUGUGUCUGGCCUUACACUGCAGGUCGUACCGAAACCCGUUUUGGAUACCCUGAGGACCAUCUCAGAAAGAUUGGUUAUGCAUAUUCGAGAUUCAUUCCAGGGCCAGCCCCAACAUGUGGUUCGAGCAAAGGAGGCACCCGCAGCCAUCUUUGCUGGUCUCCUCGAUCGGGCGCUGAGAACCAACUUGACCGCCCACGCUGCGGCGAACAUGCUGUCGAACCCUGCCAACCGCGACCAGAUGUAUCUUGACUGGAUCACCAUGAUCCGGCCGCGGAAGCUCGCAGAGUGUGUGCCGACUCGGGGCAUGGAUGAUGUAGUCAACGUGCUACUUACGGAAAUGCGAGAUCUCCUGGAUCCUGUCAAGGUACCAUGGGAGAUGGAGUGCCUGACCAUUUAUGGAGAUAUCUCAUCACGCAGCAACCGUGAGACGGACGCUGAGGGAGCGGCAACGCAAUCUGGGCAAAAUGUGCUGGAUCGCUGGGUCGACUUUCUGCGAAGCCUCCCUCGCAAGUUCCCUUAUGCAUCUCAUGCGGAUAUUGUGUCGUGCGUCGAACGCAUUGGAACAGCGGUGAUGCGAGAUCUCACUUUAUCCCAGGGUAAGAGCUUUGGGUCUUGGUGGGUGACAAAGGCGUUUCUGGACGAGAUGAUGUGCUUCAUGGUGGCACAAGGAGGAUUUAUGAAGCAAAAGAUGGGCCAAACAACCGGGGGCCCGACACCAACACCUCCGCCAACCACACAAGAGACCGCAGGCAGUCGGCAAAAUUCUCGGUACAACAGCAGCGCUGAAGAGCUCGGCGUGAACACAGCGUCUCAGAACCAAGGAGAGCGAGCCCCGUUUCCACCAGCCAAGACCAACCAGAACAGUAUGGGCAUGAGCGGCAAUGACGGGCUCGACGAUAGCGGAAUCGGGAUUAGGACACCCGAGGAAGACUUUCCUAUGGACAAGUUCAGCUUUACAGGAUCAGAAAACCCAGACCACGGCCUAUUAACAGGCGCGGAACUUGAUCCUGGGGCGGGACUAUGA